AAACAAUUUUAUAUUACGAACAACUAUAAAAUUUUCAGCUAAUAUUGCGCCCAUGUUUUGAAGUGUCUAUCUUAAAUAAAUUGUUACACAAAAUAUAUUAACAUUGAGUCAAGGAAAUAAUUAUAGCUAUCUAUGAUGGAACGGCCACCUGAACCGAAGAAGGACGAACAGUGCCCACUACUGAAGGUGGAGAUUGGGAUGCCUGAAGCUGUCCGUCAGCCUACUGCGGUGCCACAAAACUGGAGUGUUACUUGCGUGCCGAAGAAAUCUUAUCUACAGCGAUGGCCAGAACUCAUAUCAGCAUCUGGGAUGACAUUUGUUUUGCUAGGAAUGUCGUUUCUGCUAUUUAGCGCUUUAGGCAUGUCGGCGUACAGAAGGCAACCACUGAUACUUAAAUAUAAUGAUGGAAAACCUAGCAGCAAUGUAUUCCUACAUCAUAUCGUCAACAAAGGAUGUCGUUUGCCACUGGAACUGUAUUCGCAGUAUCUCGAAUCUAUGGCUGUCACCUACCCAAACCUUCGCUUCAAUGUGUUUUUCCUAAUCGAUGAUGCUAUACGACAUCCAUAUUAUAUUUCAAGACAUGGGAGAUCACCUAGCAGAUGGUUUGGUUUUCCAAAUAAAGAUGUGUUCCUUAAGCACUCAUGCCUAAAAGAAUUUGAAAAGAGGUAUCCCAAUAUUAACAUUACUAUUAUGGCUUUGAACAAGUAUAUGGCAAUGACGCCACUGAGAUUCAAGUGGAGAGCUAUCCCGGUGUCGUAUUUAACAUUUUACGCUAGAGUAUUUUCUGUUUGGCAGAACGGUGGUAUCGGCAUGGACUUGACUACCUACAACAAUCAAUUCAGUAAUAAUUUCCGCUUCGACCAACGUGUCAAUGAAAUUUUAAAGAAUCACAACGACGGGCUCCCUGUAACAGAUUACAAUGUACUGCUUCAAGCUAUAGAUGAUGAAGAAGAAAACUCUUUCAAAUGCUUGAAACAGAUAUUAAAUGAUACCAUGUCGAUGUUUAAUAGCUUUUUCUCGUUUGGGUUUCCAUCACAAACGGAGCUGUUGCCUUCUAAUGAUACACCGAUUACGAGAACGCAAAGAGCUAAGAGAAACGCCGUUUAUAACUUUUAUGAUAUUGUAACAUCUGAAAAUACUGCUAGCAUGGCCGGAAAUGUGCUGACUGACGCAAUGCCAAAUGCAACUAUGGAGACUGUGACUAAUAACUUAAAAGAAAACAGCUCUAACGAUGACUUAUUGAAGAGUGAAGUUUCUCAAACUACUUCAGAAUCAGUGAACAUAACGUCUACUGAGACCAUAAUACAAGUAGAUCAGGGACCAGAAUUACAACUCACUUCAGUUGGACUCAACAAAAGCAAUAAUAUCUCAGAAGGACCGCAAGCUGUUCUGUUUUAUGACAUUUCCAUAAUGAGUGAUAAGUUAGGUCACUUCCAAUUGCGUGAACCAGUAUGGCCAGCGUUCAUGUUUUCCGGAAGUGACCCAAAAAGUGAAACCGUGGAAGUCAUCGCCAAAAAUAAUACAAAGAUCGCAGCGCAGCUUGCCCUAGGCUCAGAUGGACUAUUCAUCGCCGCUACCGACAAGAUUCAUCCAUUUCUAGGAAUGCUGAUAACCGCUGGCUUCCAGAGAAUGCGCCCUGGUUUUGCCAUUCAAGACACCCUUAUCACCCAAUGUUCUGGAGCAUACAAAAACCAAGCUUAUUGCAGCAUUUACAAUCUUUGAAAGACGACCCGGGACGUUUAUUAAUUAUUUAUUAUUUGAUUAAUUUUAUUUUGUUGUUCAAUUUGUCAUUGUUUAUCGUAUAUGUUUUAGGUAAGCCUUAUUAUAUGUACUCUAACAGGUUUGUAUCUGUCUAAAUCAAAAAGGGACUUAGGUACUUUAUUCAAAAGAUUAUAGAGCGCUGCUUAGUGCUAUUUAAGCGCCCUUUUGAUUUGAAGUUUCAAUUUAAAAUGCUAUUGCAUAAUAGUUGGUUUCACAAUAAAACGAAAAUUUCCA